AUGAGGCUGACCAUGAAAGUUUCACGUCCGGAGCUUGAGCUGGAGACGCAGGAUUGGAUAGAAUGUUCCAACAAAGAUGGACCGCGCCAGAAGAUCAGUCAGAAGUUCCAGACCUUUGAAAUGGCCCAGCAGCAGAACCGGGAUAUGGACUACGAAGCAAUCCACAGAAGUGCGAUUGAGAAGUUCAGGUCGCUCUUGCAGAAUCAGCUGUUCAAUCCAAGCGGUGCCAAUGUGCCUCAGUGGUGUGCCUCUCCAGAGUCAGCAUGGGCUGCGCAUGGUUCGGUGGCAAACUUCAUUGUCAAAUGCUUAUGGUAUCCUCUGUACGACCAUGGUUGGCCAGCCGUGCAGAAGAUAAAGGCCAUACAUCGCCAAUUUAACGUAUGGGCAGGGGGCAUGAUGUUUUAUUCGUACAAACGUGGAUUGGAGUGGAAAUUUGAAUUCUUCCACACAUGCCCAGCAGAAAGUACUUCAGAUGAUCCAGGAGAAGGCAUCAACUACACUGUCAUCGCCAAUGACAAGUUGGAUGAUACAAUUUUCGCGGAACGCGAACUGCAAACGGUGACAGAUUCUUUGGUGCUGGAAUGCCCGGCAGGGGAAGUUAUUUCUGGACUCUUUCUGAAGCAAGUCUUCCCUCGUGGCAGCAGAUCAGCCAUGAUAACCAAGUGGACGCCUAUGGCCGCGAUAGACUGCACGCCUCUUGGUGGGAACGUGAAGCUGGUGAGCAACACAGUGUACACUGUUGACAACUCGAAGAUCGCCAGUGACAAGGGGAUUUUGCCUUGGCAGAGCUCUUGCGCUAGAGACUACGCAGUGCUGCAACGUGUGGAGUUCAAGGGACAGGGCAUGAAAUCGACCUGCCAGUACGUUGCGCAAGCUUGCGUGUAA